AUGCCGCUUCAUUUUCCAAAUUUGAGCCAUUUAGUGUUGACCGAAGCAAUCAAGUAUCAUACUUAUAGGGCACUUAUGGGAUUGCUUUAUUUCUGUCCAGUUCUAGAAUCUAUUUAUAUCCCUGAGGGAUUUGAGACAUACAUGCCCCUUGAUGAGAAGCAUUCAAUUUGGUCUUCGACACCUGUAUGCAUGUUGAAGUGCCUCAGGACAGUGACCUUGAAGAACUUUCAUGGUUAUAGUUCAGAAAUAUGUUUCAUCAAAUGUGUUUUGAAGUAUGCGUGUGUUUUGGAGAUGAUGGAUAUCUGGUGGUCGACUUGGGUACGAGCUUCGAAGGAGCAAAUAAUGGUCAGGGUCAAGAAGGAAUUAGAAAUGAUGAAAAUGAGCUCUACAGCUUGUGUCGUCAAGUUCUCAUGA